CAUGUAUUCGCAUUUCAGGUUUAGUCUCUCUCCAGCCUCGCUGUCGAGAGGAGAUAAAUACGAAGGCACCCAAGCCUCGUACGCUCGCAUACACACACACACACGAGAGACAGAAGGCGCGCUCGCACAUAAACACACACACACACGGACAAAUAAUACGAGUCCCCAAUUUGUUUAUUUUUUUACCCAGUGUCCGGACGUUGAAAGCGCAUAACAAGAAUUAAAUAUAACAGGGGUGGAAGCUUACGCGUUGAAGUAUAUUUCUAAAAUAUAUCAUUGCGCGCGCAAAAAAUGGCACCACGUCCACGAGAGCAUCCGCGAGAGCAUCCGCGAGAGCAUCAGCGAGAUCAGCAGACCGAAUACGAGCUCGACAAGGAGCUACCUCGAACGAAAACAAAGCAGCAAGCGAAGGAGCAGCAGCAGCGGCAAACACUGGCAAUAGUACCGCGAGAAGAAUCGGAACUGCAACGCAAAGCAGCAGCAGCAGCAGCAGCAGCAGCCAAUCCAAAAGUCCUCGAGGAGGCGAAGAACGAGAAUAAUCAAUCGGCGGAAUUCGUGCCGGGCUAUACCGAUUUCGGGUCUCGAGUGUGGCACGUGUACGUCUGUCGGCUGCUGGGCCGUCUGGACUGUCCCGUGCCGCACUGCCCCCGCUAUCGUCCAUCCGAACAUCAGCCGUCCAGCCAAUCGAAGCCGGAGCAGCAGAAGAAACAAGUCCGAAAAAUCGAGGCUGAAACGGGCUCGGAGCUACCGAUGCCACCGGGCUAUGAAGCCGUCGCGACCAUGUGUCGAGUACUGCACGCUCUGGUCUGCCGGAGAAUCGACUGUCGCAAGACCUUCUGCGCUCGUUAUCGUCGAUCGAUCGGCCACGUCGUCCGCAGGCGCUGUCCAGCAGACGACGAGGCCGAGGACGACGACGAAAAACCAAAAUCGUGCGAAUGUCGCACGGUGGCCGCUUUCAUGCGCCACUGGGACGGCUGUCACGAGCGCGACUGCGCCUACUGCUCGCCGAUCAAGGAGGCGCGCGACGCCCAUCUGCGCGAGCGUCGCCACGCGAGCCUGUCCCGUGCCCGGCGCUGCGACUUUCGCCAGCAGAUGCUGCUGCUGCUGCACGCCCAGCGCUGCCAGGGCGACUGCCAGAGCGCCGAGCGUGCGGCGCGCAACGGCCAGUGGCCGCCCUGCCGCGUGCCCCAGUGCGCCGCGAUGGGCCGCGUCUGCGCCCACGCGCGCCUCUGCCGGAUCAACGAUGACGAAAGCUGCCCCGAGCCCCAUUGCCGGCACGUCAAGGCCCUGGCGCGCCACUGGAUCGCCUGCGCCCAGAAGACGCCGGUGCCGCGCUGCGCGAGCUGUCGCUCCGUCAGGCGCAUCCACGACCGGUGGCUCGAGGGCGAGCGCAGGCCCGAGCGCGAGAGGAACUUUGGCGCGGCGAUGACGCGACAGCGCCUCAUGCUGCUGGCCCACGCGCUCGACUGCCCCAGGAGAGACCGAGGAGGAGGUGGCGAGGAACGAGAAUUAUCUACGAGGGAGUGCAGCGUGCGCAGCUGCAAGCCGUACAGCGCUCGGAUUCUAAGGCACGUCUGCGAGUGCCUCGGCAGGCAGCAUCAGGACGGGCCGUGCGGCGAGGCCCACUGCGCCUUCAACACGGAACUGCUCAAACACUACCUGAGCUGCCGGCUCGAGGAGGAUCGCUGGUGCCGCUGGUGCGGCCCGGUACAGGAGGCGGCGAGGGAUCGCGCCCUCGAGGCCAGCCCGUCCAACUUCCGCCAGAUGCGCUCCAGCAGGCACGCGCACUUCUAUCUGUUCGAGAUCGAGCGAUUCUUGAAGCAGCAGCGGAAGAAGGCGGCCGACGCCGAGAGAUAGAUUUUUUUUUUAUUGUGUGUGGUGUAUGCCGAUUUUUGUUUACAUAGCGUUGUGUAAGAUUAAUGUGUGUGUGUCUCUGCGCGUCGUUUACCGAUAAAUAAUAUCGGUAUGAAAAAAUUGUGUAUCGGUACAAAUCAAAUUGCGCGAUGUGCGUAUAUUGCGCGGCAAGCACGAGUGUACGUUCGCGUUUUUUAAAUUGAAAUCGACGAUCGAUGACGCAAAGCGUCACUAUAAGGAACGCAAGCUCGUCGAUUUUUGUAAAUAUCUCAAUAAUUAUAUGCGUACAUAUAGACCGAUUUUAUCGCUCGUGGUUCUGCUGCAUAUGUAUAAAGACAAAAAAGUAAUACAGAGCAGCAUGUAUGGCUCGGUGCGCGUUGCGCUGCUUGGGCGCCUGAAACACGAAUAGAGUAUCAAUGAAAGGAUUUACCCGCGAGUAUAAUAUGUUAUCGCGUUCGUAAUAACGAUAAAAGAAAGGAAAAAAGAAGCGAGUUGUACUGUACUGCCGAAGCAGAAUCAUUCAAUAAUAGAAUGAUUUUUUAAUGAAUAUUUUUUAUAACGUCUGAAUGAGUUAUUUUAUGUAAUGUAUACGAUAUGAUAACAUCUUUUAUUUUAUGUACGAUCGUCAAAAAAAAAAAAAAUAAUCACAAAUUGUUUUUACGAACUCGUGUAUGAUAAAAUUAAAAAUACGAAACUAGUUUCAUGCCGAAAUAUUGUUUUUUAUUUGGGAGAUUGAUCGCCAACGAAAGGAGUGAUGCGCGUCACUCGGUGACAGCGUACAGAAAGAAACGCAGUAAUUUUAAAAUAUUUUGAUAGCACACAUACUCUGAAAUAAUAAUUUUAAAUAA